AGCCUGAAUUUUGUAGCGGUCAAAAUUGAUUUCCAAAGUGUCGAAAAAAUAUUAUAUUCCUGGAGAUUUUAAACUUCAUAAUUCUAAGUGACCAUGGAAAUGAUUUCAACCAAUUGAUAAAGGAAAAGUCACUAGUAUGGUCAUGUCCAUUUAGGAAGGAACUACUAUUGCAAUGGCCUCUAAUGAGCAUGGUUCAUCCGCAUGGGGUCAGCCUGUCUCAUCGAUGGAAAGUCCAAACACUAUCAGUGCCAAUACUUCCAACAGUUCCUCUGCCAGUGAGGUCCUGAGACGGUCAAGUGCGCUUCAAGGGUCACAAUCUGAACAACAUGGCGGAAAACACAACUCCUCGGAUGCCUCCUUGGCCAACUCCAGCAUAUCAAGUUCUGGUUCCAUGAGAGUUCGCAUCAAAGCCAAGUAUUUGAGAGAGAGGAAGUCUCCUUUUGAGACAGGUGGCUCAUCCAGCACCCCAUACCUGCCGCCAGCCCUGCCAGGGAACUUGCCAGAAGGGUAUGAAGCCCAGAGGGAUGUUGCUGAUGUACAGAGGCAUAACACCAUUGAGGAUGUAACAUCAGCCAAGGAUGGUGGUGCAACAGCAGGCCAAGUCUUGAGCCCUGCAGAGGGUUACAAACAAAGUGGAUUUGAACAGCUUUCAAAUGCCGCUUCUAAAAAUGGUGUGGGUGAUGAAUUUUCAGAAAUCACAAGGCCUUCCGAUGAUCAUAAUCAGUCUGCAAACCAAAGGAGCUCUUCCAUACCCCCAGUGACACACCAACCCAUGAGUUCAUCAACUAACAUGGGCAUUACCCAUAAAAAGACAUCUGGUAUCCUGAGACAAGGUGCUCCCACCAGUAGCAGUGCUCCAUGUCAUAGUUCAACCAGUGGUCACCCAAGGGAUCUCAGAGUAACUCAUUUCAGCAAAGGUCAACGCCAGCAGGCCAUGAGAGAUCAGCUCUUGAAAAGAUCUGAAAACUCAAAGCCCACAAAGCGUUAUUAUCAGCCCAAAAUGAUAGCGAGUGGUAGACCACCAGCAUCGAAACCAGAAGAGACCAGGACAGCUCAAUCUGAUAUGGGUACCAUGGCAACGGCUACAGCUGCAGCUGCUGCUGCUGUGGCUGCUACAGUGCCUCUCCUCAAGACCCAGAGUGAUUUGGAGUCUAAGAUGAACCACAUCAUGGAGAAACUGUCAGUCCUAGAGCAUGUGGGCCAUAGUGCUCCUCCCCCACCCCCCUGGGUAUAUCCUAUGGGUCAGGGGUGGGGCGGUGGAGGCUAUGAUGCCCGUCAUGACUUGGGCGAGAUGACACAGCGCAGGUUGGGUGAGCUUGAAGAAUUGCAGAAACAACAAAGAGAAAUGCAGUCGGAAUUGAGAGCCUUGUCCCAAAGAAAUGCAGACAGAGGCAUAGAGGUAGCCAAUGGAAUGCCCCCUCAUCAAGGCACUCAUACCUUCUCAGACCAUCUAUCAUCACCUGGGGACAGUCAGACCAGGCCAAAGGAGCCAAAACAAGAAAUAGAGGUCGUCCAGAAGAAAGAGGAUGGAAAAACUCGAGUUGGACAGUCAGGCACAGAUCCAAAGACCUCAUCACGAUCACCAACAACAAAGAUUCCCCUUGCCAAGAUGGACAGCUCUCCGAAGCCUCCUGAGAAACAUGUAAGGUACACCCCGGCAGUGACCGUUCAUCGUCUCCCUCAGGGUCAAGUGUCCAGUGGUGGUCAGCAGAGGUCAGUUCAUCAAGGGGGUGUAAGGGAACAUCAUGGUACCCAGACCUCACCCCUUGAAACCCCUGCACCAAGGAGACAUGCACCCAGACCUCACUCCAAAGAGAUCAGGUCCGCUAGAUUAUCAAACCUAGGGAGGGGGCUACUGGAGGAAAUCCUUUCAAGUCAUGAUGAGGAUGAGAGGACCAGAGAUCUCAGGCAGCAAGUCCAGACCAAUCAUCUUUCAGCUCUCAAUGUCAACUCAUCAAAUUCAAGGUAUGUCAGUAUGUGUAUGUAUGGUGAAUGGUGUAUGCAAAGGCUAUGCACUAACUUAUUCCAGGGGAUCCAUGUGAAACAGAACCCAGAUAAAUCAGGCCUGGUAAAAACCCGAUUUUAAUCGGUUUCCCGA